AUGAUCUCCAUUAACCAUCAAACCACGAACGAUCAGAAGCAACACAAAUGUAAAAUUACCUUCCCCAAUCAAAACACAUUCGAAAUGCCCAAUCUUCAUGUUCCUCUCACCGACUCGGGCCUGUAUUGCCAAUCUUUCAAUGUGGACACAUCUUCCGAUGAGGAAAUUCAACAAUUCUUUUCCCAGUACGGUUUCGUGGUCUUUGAAAAUGUCUUGACCAAAGAACAAGUAGAUGCCACCGUGAGUGACAUCUAUGACCUUCUCGAAACCAAUACGAAUGGUAAAUUCCAACGCAAGGAUACCACUCAAUGGAAUAGUUGGCCUGAAAAUGCUCUUGAACAUUUUGGCAAUGUUUCCAUUCCAAGCAUCUUUUCGAGACAAUUCUUGAUGAAUCGACAAAAUGGGAAAGUAGUGAAAGCAUUUGCUCGAGUUUUCCAAUUACCAGAAACUGAACUUGUGGUGAGUCAUGACCGAGCUUCCUUUUAUCGUUCUCCUAAAUUGAAUUCCAAAUGGAAAACCAAACAAAAUUUACAUCUCGAUUGCAAUCCAGCCGAGGCUCUAGAUGAACCUGAGAAUGCUAAAACUUCUUAUUCUGAAUUGAAUCGUUUGCAUUAUUCGAGUGGAAAAGGACAUUUCAUCGCUGAGAAUAAUCACAUUUGUACUAAGAGAGAUGGUUUGCAAGUUCAAGCUCUGAUAAAUCUCAAUGAUAAUAAGAGUGAAGAUGGAGGUUUGAUCGUCGUUCCAGGCUUCCACAAUUACUUUGCACAAUUCUUUGAGAAGAGUGGACUGGUGACAGAGUUGGGUCGUGGACGUCCAAGUUUUACUUUCAAGACACGAGAUCGUAUCACAGGAGCCAUCUUUGAUUUGGCAGAACGAGUUCCAACACGAUCUGGAAGUCUCAUCAUUUGGAACCAAUUGUUGGCUCACGGAUCUGCACCAAUGGAUGUCCUGAAGAGUCAGGCGUUAUUCAGAAGUGCAAUGUAUUUGAGAAUGUUUCCAAAAAGCAUGUUAUUGAGGGAGGGUUCCAACCAGAGAAGAAAGAAUCGAAGAGAGGCUUUACGAAAGAAGAUUCAUUUGCUGUACUUGAACGAGAGAAAACCCUUAGAAUUGACUCCAUUGGGACGAGCAGUGUUUGACAUUGAUGUGGAAGGUUCAGAUGAAUUGUUUGACCCCAUUCCUCCUUAUGCUGCUUCUCUGAAACCUUUGAUGAAUUCUGAGCAAGAGGUUCAACAAGAGGAAUAA